AUGACGCAAGCUCCAUGGGAGACCAAGGGCGAGCAUUGCCGCAAGGUCUUAAGCAAUUCCUUGAACCAAGAGUGGCUUCUGCCCCUCGAAGAUCUUCCACCGACAGAUCGGCUUAAUGUCUCUAGUUUCAUUGAGACAUGUGGUCGUCUUACUUCACGCGAGCUGGAAAUCACCCAUAGUGAUGCAACUUAUUUGGUUGAUCAGAUGGGACAAGGAAAGCUGUCUGCAGUCGAGACUGCCACUGCAUUUCUCAAGCGAGCGCACAUCGCCCACCAGCUUGUUAACUUCGCGACCGAGUUUAUGGUCGAGGAUGCCCUAAAGGCUGCAGCCGAGCUUGAUGCUCACUUCCAAGCGACUGGAAAGCUCAAAGGACCCCUUCACGGUAUCCCGAUCUCGACCAAAGAGCAUAUUGGAUUCAAGGGCCGCAUCUGCCACUCAGGAUAUGUCGCUUGGACGGAAAAUAUUGCGCAGGAGGAUGCGUUGAUCGUUCGUCUGCUAAGGCAGGCAGGCGCUGUGUUCCAUGUCCGGACGAAUGAGCCUCAGAGUGUCAUGCACAUUGAUUGUAGCAACAACAUUUACGGGACGACAGUGAAUCCUCAUAACCGAAAGUUGACACCCGGUGGCUCCAGCGGUGGCGAGGGUGCAUCAUUAGGUCUUCGUUGUGCAGUAUUGGGAAUUGGCACGGACAUUGGCGGCUCUGUGAGAGUACCGGCAGCCUUUUGCGGUGCAUAUGGUCUACGAAAUACUGCGCUGCGCAACCCUUAUAAAGGAGUCUGUCUUGCCGGCGGUGGACAAGAAAGCAUUCGCUGCGUUAUCUCGCCCCUCGCAAACACGGUGAAAGACAUCAACCUCUUUCAAAAGACGCUGCUUGAUUUGGAACCCUGGGAGGAGGAAACCUCGCUGGUACCAAUGCCAUGGAGAAGGGUUGAUCCAAUGCAGCCGGAGCAGCUUACCAUAGGUAUCAUUUGGGAUGAUGGGGUCAUCCACCCUCACCCGCCAGUUAUCCGCGCAUUGAAUGAGGCCAAAGCGAAGUUGAUGCAAGCGGGCGCCACGGUAAUCGAUUUCGAGCCGUACGAUCACCAAGAAGGGAUAGACAUCGUCUCAGCUCUAUAUUUUCCGGACGGGGCCCAGACUCAAAAACAGAUUCUCGCCCAGACAGGAGAGCCGAUAGCGUUCCUGACAGAAUGGAUUUUCAAUAAGGCAAAGCCAGAGCCCUUGUCAAUAACAGAGAAUUGGGCCUUUAACGUGCGCAGAGACGCCUAUCGUGAUGCCUAUCAUAAAGCCAUGAAAGAUCGGGGUGUUGACUUUAUCCUCUGUCCGGCGUACAUAGGGGCAGCAGCGGAACUGGGCGGCGGACAAUACUUCCACUAUACCUCGAUUUGGAACAUCCUUGACCAACCUGCUAUCACUUUCCCAACGGGCCUGAAGGUCGAUCCGGCGAUUGACGUUGUUGAAAAGGAAUAUAAGCCUCGAUCUGCGGAUGACGAACGUGAGUACAAGAAGUACGUCCCUGAUACUUUUGUAGAGGCCCCGAUUGCGUUGCAGCUGGUAGGAAAGCAUUUUCGGGAUGAGGAAACCGUAGCUGCGGCUGAAGUGGUGUCGAGCAUCGUGCAGAGUUGA